UUACGUCUGCCACUAAGUAGAUGUAAACCAGAGAAUAAAAGCUCUUCGAGGGAGACCACAUUUUGCGAAAAUUGGGCUACUAUGAACACAAUACAUGAGUCAUUGAAAGCAAACGCUCGUGGUACAUACAACUGUGAACGAUUUUUUUUGGUACUUGACGACGAUGCCAAUGCAAGGACCAUGAAGAAAAUUUGG